UCUCCUUCAAACAAGGAAAAGAAGGAAAUAAAACCGCUUUCAAAGCUCCGAAGAUUAUCCUCUCCCUCUCUCAUCGAAAUAUCCGCAAAAGCAUCUUCAGAUCCUCUUUUCGACGAAGAAAAUCGAGUGGAAGGAGAAAUCGAUUUCAAGGUCGUGGGUAGACAGUUCAUUGUGCUGUGUUAGUAAAGCCUUGCUGGUUGAAGAACAACAGAAGCGGUGCAUCUCACAAUUGUAAAAACAGAAAAAAAAAAAAAACUCUUGAGCUGUGGAGCAAGGAGCAUUGAUUUCCCUGAUUGGGAUCUCAUUAAGUAGCUUUGUGGAUUUCUUCUUUGAAAAAUGGCAGCGUUCGGAUGUAGUGCUCUUAUUUCCCCUUCCGCAGGCAUAUACAGGCCUUUAGAGUGGCGACAUGAGGCUCAAAAAUGUUUGUUUGCUGCACCAAUUCCUCAAAUAAGGCAGAGUAGUUUAAGGGCUCUGAGAUGUGGUUUGUCGAUGCAUACCAGUUCUACUCCUGCGUCAGUGACAUUUAAGGAGAUAAUUGAAUCUUUGAUAAGUCGGGUUGAUUUAUCGGAAGAAGAGACGGAAGCCGGUCUUGAUUUUCUACUGACCGAAGCUAACGAGGCCAUGAUCAGUGCUUUUCUUGUUCUUUUGAGGGCAAAAGGAGAGACAUUUGAAGAGAUUGUGGGAUUGGCAAGGGCGAUGAUCAAAUGCUGUAGGAAGGUUGAAGGACUAGCUGAUGUAGUUGACAUUGUUGGAACAGGUGGCGAUGGGGCAAACACGGUUAACAUCUCGACAGGGGCUUCCAUUCUAGCUGCAGCCUCUGGUGCAAAAGUUGCAAAGCAAGGAAACCGUUCCAGUUCUUCGGCCUGCGGAAGUGCUGAUGUAUUAGAGGCGUUGGGUGUAGUAAUUGACUUGGACCCUGAGGGAGUAAAGAAAUGCAUUAAGGAAGCAGGCAUUGGUUUUAUGAUGGCUCCCAAGUACCAUCCAGCAAUGAAAAUUGUUGGUCCUGUGAGGAAAAAACUUAAAGUGAAGACAGUAUUCAAUAUCUUGGGUCCUAUGCUGAAUCCGGCACGGGUGCCUUUCGCUGUUGUUGGCGUCUACAAUGAGGAUUUGGUCAGCAAGAUGGCUAAAGCACUACAAAGGUUUGGCAUGAAAAGAGCAUUGGUAGUUCAUUCAGAGGGUUUGGAUGAAAUGAGUCCACUUGGGCCUGGAUUAAUCCUUGAUGUGGCACCGGAAGGCAUUUCGAAGUUCUCCUUUGACCCAUUGGAUUUUGGUAUUCCGCGCUGCACUUUGGAAAGCUUGAGAGGGGGUGGCCCAGAAUUCAAUGCAGAAGUUCUUAGGAACGUACUAUCUGGCGAGAAAGGAUCCAUUGCAGAUGCACUUAUCCUAAACGCAGCAGCUGCUCUCUUAGUUAGCGGCUGCACAAGCAGCCUCGCGGACGGGGUCGCCCUUGCUCGUGAAACGCAUCAAUCAGGGAAAGCUCUCAAGACGCUUGAUUCGUGGGUACAUAUCUCCAACAAGCUAAAGGAGGAAGUAACUGCUGGAGUUGCUUGAAUUUCAAUCAUAUGAUUCUAAAGAAGAAUCAAAAGACGGCCAGUUGGAGA